UUGGUUUUCGUCAAAGGCGACUGUGUGGGCAAUGUUUGUGAUCUAGCGAAAUUACACUCCAGUGGAUUGUUGAAAGAAAAGUUGCAAGACCAUCAGUACGACCUGGUAGUUAUCGGUGGAGGAUCCGGAGGUCUAGCCGCUGCAAAGGAAGCCGGGGAAAUGGGAAAGCGGGUGGCUGUACUUGAUUUCGUGAUGCCCACUCCGAUCGGAACUACGUGGGGUCUCGGUGGGACGUGCCUCAAUGUCGGAUGCAUUCCGAAAAAAAUCAUGCAUCAGGGAGGUCUGUUGGGACAAAGCAUAAAGGACGCAGCUAAGUUCGGUUGGCAAGUGAACGAAGAUGGUAUUUUUUGGAAUACUUAUAACAACGCGGUUCAGUCAUAUAUUGCUCGUUUGAACUGGGGCAACCGAGUCGCUUUGAGGGAGAAGCUCGUCACAUAUGUCAACGGCUACGCAUCGUUCACGUCUAGCCAUGAAAUAAAAGCUAUUGAUAAGAACAAGAAGGAGACGCGGAUCACGUCUGACCGUUUCCUCAUAUGCACCGGUCUCCGACCGCGGUACUUGGAUAUCCCCGGAGCUAAGGAGUACUGUAUUACCAGCGAUGAUCUCUUUUCUCUUUCGUACUGUCCGGGCAAAACGCUAUGUGUUGGGGCGUCGUACGUGUCACUAGAGUGCGCUGGCUUUCUUCGGGAACUCGGCCUCGACGUAACGGUGAUGGUUCGCUCAAUAUUGCUGCGUGGCUUCGACCAGGACAUGGCGGAGAGGGUCGGCAAAUUCAUGGCUGACGAAGUCGGCGUCGAAAAAAUCGAAGAUGGAAUUCCAGGUCUUCUUCGUGUCACUGCGAAAUCGAAUUCAGGCGAAACCAUUGUUGACGAAUAUAAUACAGUAAGUACUGUAGUAGGCGUUCUUAGCUGUUCUAUUGUCUGUUAUUCCAACGAACAGAGCGUCAGCGCACCGCACGUUUAUGCCAUUGGAGACACCCUGGACGGACGGCCAGAGCUAACACCGGUUGCGAUUCACGCCGGCCGCCUACUUGUGCCGACCACCGUUUUUACUCCACUCGAGUAUGGCGCCUGCGGAAUGCCUGAGGAAGUUGCCAUUGAUAAGUACGGAAAAGAUUCGGUGCAGGUCUACCAUUCGCUGUUCUUUCCUGUCGAGUACAGCAUAGCUGACCGGAAAGACUCUGACCACUGCUAUGCAAAGGUCGUUUGCCACAAGGACGACGAUGACCGGAUAUUGGGUAUGCAUGUGAUAGGUCCAAACGCUGGUGAGAUAAUGCAGGGGUUUGCUUUGGCGCUCUCAAUGAAAGCUCGAAAACGUGACCUGAAUCGCCUGAUCGGCAUCCACCCAACCAGCGCUGAGGUAUUUACUACGAUGCAAGUCAUAAAAGCUCCGGACGUAGUGCUUACGAAAACGUCUUGCUGA